CUUUAAAAUGGUGGACGAGAAAGGCGGAAAUUAAUUUUCCUUGACGGAAAAGGCAUUGUAAUGUUCAAGAAAAUAAAGAAUAGCAAAAAGUCAGAAGACAAUGGAGGUGGAAAAACAUGACCGUAUAAUAACGGGGCCAAAUUUCCAAAUAUUUGUCAAUGACACAGGAAAAAACUUGCUAUUUCAACAUUUUUGUAACAAUCUCUACCUAGGUCAAUGGGAGCUGGCGAGAGCAUGUGCAAAAGAGUUGCAUAUAGGGUGUGAAGGUCCAGGGAAUCAUGUUUGUGAAAUCCUGAAGGAUGUUGUUAGACAGCCUUUCAACAGAAGUAUUCUGUCUGCAUCAGUUCCCUCCCCUUGUCAGCUGUCAUGGCUUUGUUUGCUGGAAUGUGAAAAGUUUAAACAUGGAUCACAAUCACAGGUUGAAGAUAAUUUACCUGACAAGAAUUUGGUAGAAUUUCAUCUUCUACUUGUGGAUGUAUGCCCUUAUAUAACUGAUACUCAUCUAAAGGAAGUGUACCUGUACUACAGAUGGAUGCACUCAACAGUAAAUGUAAAUCACCCACUGACACUGUCCUCGGGUCUGCUGAAAUUCCUUCAAACACUGUUGUCACGGCAGCCAUCACUAGGUCAUUUACUAAUUAUGUCACUAUAUGACUCAGGCAACUCUCAGCUGAGUAAAAACAACAAGGCCUUACAGCUGGUAUAUGUUAACAGUAUAAAUACUCUAUUAGAUAGUCUGUCACAAGAAGAUUUAGAUAAAGAUAUCAAAUUAGAAAAAUCCGAAAAAUUAUAUGAAAUCCUAGCAAGCUUUGAUUUUAACGUUGGUAUAAGUCAGUUACCUAUUAGACAGAUGAUUUCAAAAAUACUGGAACAUUGUAGGCUUGAGUCAGAUUUUAUAAGUAAAACUAGAAUUGCGUCAGUGUUAAUGGGACAACAAGAUACGUACCUUCUAGACGAGUUUUGUCGCAUGGAUUAUGAAGCGGAGACAAACAAAGCCGUGUCAACGUAUCAAGCCUGUGCUGAACUUACAGAAGAACAGAGAUGGAUUCUACAUCUGUCAACAUUGUCUGAUAUUGAUACAAGAUGGAAGAUGUUUCUAAUGUUUGCCUUGAAAAGAAAGAGACAUGUCCUUGAGGUUAUAUUGGAAACAGGUCUGGCUUUGAUCAAAUGCAGCAUGUUUUCAGAGUUGAAAACUUUAGUUGAACCAGAAGAGUUAUGGCCCUUGAAACCAUUAUUACUGUUACUAGGAUGGACACAUUGUUACAGUAGUUCUGAGGCUCGACAACUGUUGGAGACACUGUGGAGUAACAAGAGUGGCUGUGAGCAUCCAGCUAUUACAAUGGGAUGUACUAAAUUGGCAUAUCAAAUUGACUUGAUACAAUGGUGUCUGGACAAGGCUAAACCAUUGCUUAGUGAAGACACAGGAGGGCCUCAAUUUCAAAGAGCUGCUGACUUGUUUAAGGGCCUCGAGAGCCAUUCAGUGCUCUAUGUGCUUCAAACCUCAACCAAGUUGUCUUCCCUUGAUCAACAGGAAGUUCUUGAACUGCUGCAGAAAGUGCCAUUACAAGGAGAGAAAGAAGAUACAGAUAAGAAGAAAACAAAGACUGUGCGUUUUCAGGAGGAAAAUGAUACCCAGUCAAGGUUGCCUACAACCAGUCUAGAUCAGCAGAAAGACAUGGCUAUAUUUACAGGAUACUGUGUUCUGAAAAAUAUUAUGGAUGCAAUUUUGUUUUGCGCUGAGUGUUCAGAUAAAAGGUUAACUCACCCCAUCAGGUCCAGAAGUAGACAUAAAAUUUCAAAAAGGAUUGGAUCAGAGGGUAGUUUAGAUAGUUCGGCACUUUCGCGGAAGAGUAGUGUUGCGUCCAUCUGUGAUAACUCGUACAGUGACGAUACAUCGACUUAUGAUGAAAAGCAGGAUAAGAAAUCAGAUGUAAAUAUUCAGAAGUUAUACAAAGAGAAGGUUACUGAUACAAUUUCACAAACUAAACGGUAUCUUUCAAAGCUUCAGCCAUUGACGUUUAGGGUAGAAAUUUUAGAGAAUAUUUUUAGUCUCCUGUUUUUAACUCAUGAGGAUGUUCAAGAAACAUUACUUAUAUCAGAAUAUGAAAGUGAUGAAGGGGAUGAAAACAAAAGCUUGAGUAAAAGUGGUAGUACAGGCUUAAUCACUCCAUUAUCGUCUCCCAUGAAAGGCUCUUUCGAAAUGAAGGUACCAGAGGUUAUGGUUGGUAACUCUUCAAGGAAUGAGUUAAAUAUAGAUUAUGAUGUGCCAUUUGAAGAAGUAGAAAGUACUGCGCAGAAGGAAAUUGACAUGCAUAAAGUUGAAGAAGCUCUUGAAGGCAUGAAAACCAAAAUUUUUGAAAAGAGCAGGAAGUUAAAGGAGGAUUCCCAGUAUGAAGGCCGACAUUCAAGUGUGUCUGAAAACAUCAGUUCCAUCAGUACAAAUAGUUCACUAAAUCUAGAUACCAUUGGUUUUAUAGCCAAUGAAUACACAGUCAGAGAUAUUCUAGCUAUGUUGAAAGAUUGCAUACUGGAUGUUUCUGCAGCUAAGUUUCAGAUAUAUGGGAACAAAGCAGAUGCAAGGGAAAGAUAUAGGUCAUCAAGGGAAGUCACUCCUGUUAGAUCAUCAGAAAUUGACAUAAAUACUGAAGAGGCUCUUUGUCGAUUAGUUCAAUCCAGCAUCUCUAUGGAUAUGCUGCAGAAGAGAAUUACCCAACUGGAGCGCUAUACAAGUGAGGCUCAUUGGCGAUAUCAGCUGGUGUCAGAUGAGAACAUUCCAAGGUCACCUGGUGCAGUUUUGCAAGAAGUUGUCAUGACAACAGGUGACUCUUCUGAUGAGGAGGUAGAAAUCAGAGGACAUGGACCAGUUCAAAGUUCAAGGAAGCGAAGAGUGUCGGGGAGAAAGUCUCCUCUUAAUGCACCAGAUGUUAACAGACAGCUUUCUACUGAAACCAAAAGUUCUGGAGGAAAUGUCAGUAGACAGACUUCAAAUAUUGUGGUUGCUAGGAAACCAGUGGGUCAGAUGAGGUCACCAAGGGUCGUGUCUCUGAUGCUGUCCAGUCCAGUGACACUCCUGACAAUGUCAAUAAGGAAAGGACAGUUUACUCAAACCAAACAGAUAAUAAAGCUGUUUAAGUUGGAAAACACGCAAGAGGCAGUUGAAGUAUAUUUCUCACAGGCAUAUCAUAAGGCAUGUCGUAGUAUACAAGGAAUUAUGGGAAAGGAUUCUCAAAGUUUUGGCACAGAGCCAAGUAAGAUGGGGCUAAAAGCUAUUGCAAGUGCAGCUGCUGCAGGUCUUGCAACAGCAUCAGUGACAGAUGUAACAGACGACAUUUUGAAAUUUCCCACAAUUCCACAAAUUCCAAAAAUAGAUCUUCAUGAAAGUCUUCCACAGAACAUAGUUCAGAUCUUUCAACAAGAUAACAUUCCUGUGAUGAUACUGCUUGAUUUAAUGUGUUCUUCUGCAAAGUCUUGGGACGUCUGCAACCAUCUUUUAGAUACAAUAAAAUCCCAUCAACCACCAAAACCUCAGUCAAAGGCAGAUGAUUCAGCAAAAAGUCUUGAACCAAAAAAUACUGUUCCAGUUCCAAGACAGAGAGUCAACAAAAUCAGGACAUUUUCUGACAUUGUAGAACAAAUUCAGUGUCUUCUGCAUCUUGGAGCAGAAGAUCAGAUUUCAAGUAAAGAGCAGACAACAUUGGCCAGAUCAUAUCAGAAAAGUGUUCAGUAUUUUCUCAAUAUUGCAACACAUUCCCUAUCUGCAGAAAAGAGUAAGCAAUAUGAAGUGUUGAACCAGAGUCUUUCAAAAUACAUAUCAAAGGUUGAAGAAGCAUUCCAGCAGAGCAAGGUCAAAGGUCAACCAAGUCCAUCUAGGUCAGAGUUCAGACAGAGGAUAGGAAGUACAGGGUCACAGAGUUCAGUGUCAGGGUCAAAGUCAGAUAGACCAUUGGUUCACCAUUGUAUGAAACAACUUAUACAUGCCUUAGAGAAAGAAGUACCAGCAGGUGGUGUUAUUAGUCAAAUAGCCAGGUCCUCUGGGAGCAGAAAGAAUCCAAACCGGAACUAUUUGUUAAGUCUGUAUGAACACUGUAAGGAGCUGGCAUAUCUUGUAGCAGAGUCUGAGUCUCACAGCAGAGAAACUAUGGUGAUACCAAACAAUUACUUUGAGGUUUUAGAGGAGGGCCCACUGCGCAUACUAGGACGAAUGAUGUUUAAGAAGAAAAUGGCUCCAGCAAAGUUGGAGAAAGUAGCUGCCAAGCUGAGUUUGAAUCUAACACAUAUCAUUGUAUACAGUUGUUGUAUGAAAAUACCUAGUAAACGACUUCCGCUACUACAAAUAACAACAGUUCACGAAGGUCUAGAACCAAAGUUUUCAAGUGGAAAGAUCAUUUACAAUGUUUCCAAGGUCAGCGAGACGAGUAUAAUGGGUAAUCCUGAGGAAUUUGUGAGAAAUCUGCUAAUGAGGCUUGUUUCAUUAAUGAAAGAAAUUGCUAGAAGCUGCAAUGCACAAGGACUGUUUGAUACAACAUGUGCAAGUUUGCUGACAAAGCACACAGAUUUCUAUGACAUCAUCAAGCAGACGUCAGUUCUCCAGUCAGCUGAUUUGUUGAAGCUUGGUAAAAAUGAGAAAUUGUGUUUCUAUGGCAAUCUUCUAACCUUGAUGACUAUUCACUGCCAUGUGAACCAUUUAUGGUUGAUGGAAAAUCAGCAGCCAAGGGAAAGUAGGUCAUUGAAGAAAGAUCGUUUGAAGCCGUACAGCGAAAUGUCAGCGACUGAACAGAUCACAUUUCUUGGCACUUUCUCGUACAAAGUUGGACAACUUGGAGAUCUUAGCAUUUUUGACUUGAGAUAUCAGAUUAACAGAUGUGGAUUGCUGGCCCCAUCAGAAUGGGGGAAGACUCUAGAGAACAGGCUCCACCCACUAGAUGAAAGCGACCCCUGGUGUCAGUUAGCUCCACAUGUCAACCCACAGUUACUGUUUACAGUGACAUCAUGCUCAGUGUCAGCACCUCCUUUGCAGGUCCUGGAUCCUGAGCAUGUGAAAGAACAGUUGCAGUCAUCUAUGAAAUUCUACCUUCAGACUUGUGUUCAAAUUGAUAAACAAAAUAGACAGGUCAAGAUACCAGAACUGCUGCUAUGGUACCGACGAGAUUUCAUCUCUGCUCAGAGUGUCAGUAAUAUUGCUGGAGAAACUUAUGGUCUGUUAGCGUUCAUAGAGUCACAGUUGAAUGGGGAGAAAGAAGCCAACUUGAAGUUUGUCAUUAAAGAGGCAGAGACUUCUCCAAAGAAAGAUUCAGAACAUGGAAAUGAAAGUAAGCUACAGGUUGAUCUAGCUGUAAUACCUCACUGCAAAGAUUUUAUGUGCGUCUUUGACUUUGAUUCCAUGAGUUAUGCGCAGCAGGCACAUUCUUCCAGUGGAGAAAUGGAGAGUAAACCAGGGGACUUAACUCUCAGUGACUCAGACACUACAUACAAUCUUACACCAAAUACACUGGAAUAUAUCAAAUCAGACUGUCCACUGGUGGCAACAUUGGUCAGUCUCAUGUGCUCAGAUGAUAUGGAAGAAAAUUUGAUCGAUGAUGCAUUUGACGAGGGCCAUUUUAAUACUAGCGGGAGUUCGUUCACAAGUUCACUAGAGAGUAGCCUGCAAAUGAGCUUAAAUAGGUCGAGAACCUCAUCGUCCAUGAGUAUGUUAGAUCUCAAAAGUUACAGAUAUGAAAAACUAUCAAAUGAGUAUCCGGCACUGAAGCGCCACCUGUUGAAUUACAUUGUUCCCUUGGCAGCGACAGAGGACCCUGAUAUUCUUAAAGGUGAUGAUCCUAUUUUGAAGCUGCUGACCAGUGAUAUUGUUGAAAGAUUUAAAACAAACAUGCUUAGUCUUCAUGAAAGUUCAGAAUUUAGGAUAUUGUUGACUGGUUUACUUGAUGAAAUGUUUAAUUUAAGAAAAUGGAAGGAAGUACUUCAGGUGAUAGACUGUAUACCAGUCACAGUUUUUAGAAAUCAAACCAGUCUGUGCAGUUUACAUGAUUUUGUUGUCUGCUGUUUGAUACAUAAACUGUGCAGUGUUGCGGAUGACAAAGGGACUUUAAACAAAGACAAAUCAGAGGAUGUUAUGAUUUUGUUGCAUAGAAUUUUGUCUGCAGAUGGACAGGCACAUGAAAUUCUGGCUGUUCAUCACAAGUUACAGAUAGACCAUAACAUUGAUUUGUUCAGAAUGUGCCUUAGCAGACGACAUCUCAGUGCGAGUAUGAAGGAAGCAGUAGAGCAAAAAUUCAAACAGAUAAAGGUGUUCCACAGGAUUACAGAAUGUGCUAAGAAUCUUCAGUUCAAGUUGUCACUGCAGAGUUCAGGGUUUGUCUCGGAGGAAGAUAAACUGGCUGCCAAGAAGAGGCACCUCAUUCUUGACAAGUUUACAGAUUGGCAGACUGUUGUAGAGUGGACAAAGAAAACGCCGAAGGAAGUGUUAGGAUUACUCAUCAAAUCAGGAGAUUUUGAAACAGCCAAGUCCUGGAGCAUGCUUGAGAAACUUGAAGACAAUAUCAAAUUGGAAAUAGAAGAGAACCAUGUUAGCUCCCUGCUGAAUAUGCAGCCGCCCAACACAACAAAGGCAUUUAUGCUUCUUGAAGAGCUGAGAAUGAAAGAUAAGGAAACAUGUUUGACAAUGUGCCGGAAGUUUUUACAAGUCUUCAACAAGCAGCAGGAUGUUCUCUUUAUAGCAAGCUACAUGCUCAAUCAAGUGGAAAGUGAUCUGGGUAGACAGGAGCUUGACAGUGUCAGACUGACACAUAUUGGUGCAAGGAUGAUACUGUGUUUACCAGAGUCUAUGCACAUUGAAUAUGGUCACCUGGUAACCACACCUAGAUACAUACUUGAACAGCUGCUGAUGAAUAUGAAGCCUGAGUUAGCAAGCAAGGCUUUCCAUGUUGUGAAGGAAGAAUUCAGCCUGAUCAGAGAGCCGGCAAACAAAUUCACUACAGAGCAGUUUAACACACUAGUGGCACUAUAUGCCAAGAGAGCUCUGGAGUUCACUGUUAUACAGGUUCUCGAAGAUAAAGAAAGAAGUUUUUCAGUAAGAUCUACAUCAUCUGAUAAACUAGAUUUGGAAGCACGUGACAGUCCCCAGUUAAGACAAAGUCCACAACCAAGACAUGACCUGCAGCAACUCAAGAGGAGAAGUAUGGACCUACAGGGAUCAAGAUUAGCUAUCAGUGCUCCUCACACAAGUAACAGUCCUGUGACCAAGGUCACUGGUGUUACCAAGGAGACGACCUUUGUGAUGCCGUUAGAGCCUCCACCCCGGGACCAAUGGAUACCAGACUCUGCAGCCUCAGUCUGUAUGGUGUGUAAAGUGGAGAGAUUCAGCAUGUUUAACAGACGUCACCAUUGUCGACGAUGUGGUAGAGUGGUAUGUGCAGGCUGCUCGGAGAAAGUUACUCCUAUAAAAGGGAUAAAUGCUCGAACAUGUGAGGACUGCUACAGGGAGAUUGUUAAAUCAAGUGAAGGUGACAGGCGUGUAUCAGCAGCAGAAAUUUAUCAGCAGUAUAGGUUGUCUGACUCUAGUAUGCCACCAUCACCAAAACCGGUUGUCGCAGGUGGCAUGAUUGCAGCAAUACAGGAAGCAGUGACAUCCCAGACUCUGUCAGAGGUGAUAAGCCAUUCACACACAACUUGGAAAUUACAGACAGAUGACAAUUACAAUGCAAAUCUAAGAGAAGACUUUUAUUUUGAGCAGGCACCGAGUACAUCCCUGUGUAUAUCCAUAUUAAAUCUCCAUGGUAACGGAAGAGAAUGUGGUCGUCUGAUCCUGAACAUGUGCGAUGAUUUGUCUAAAUACCUGAAGCCACUUGCCCCAGGAAUACCUAACCCAGAAGUGGACUAUAAUCUUAUAAUGAGUAUGAUGAAGUACCUCUUGUUCCAUGCCAAGAUGAAAUUCACCAAGUGUGGGGACAAUGCUGGUAUGGGUCAGUGUGAUAAAUAUCAGGGUCUAGUGGACAUUCUGGCAUUGCUGGUUGUAGAUAACUACAAGGACCUACCUUCAAUUGAUGAACUGACCAAAGUGGAUUCCGUCAGGAGACUUAGGGACAAACUGAUAGGUGAUGAAAGACUGUCAUUGGCUAUGGAGGUGUCUACAAAAUGUGGUUUGGAUCCCACAGGGGUCUGGGUGGCCUGGGGUAUGACAUGUCUCCAGAGUGGCGAUUUCACAGGGGCUAGGGAAAAAUUCAGUAAAUGUUUAAAGCCAGUUAAAGACAAGAAUGUUUGUAGUCCCCUGCCCAAAGUUCUUAAUGAUAUAAUAGACUGCCUGGAGAGUAUGCCAGGAACUGGGGCUAUGGAGAUUCAAGUUUUACUUGCCAACCCAGGAUCACUGAAAAAUCUGAUAAACACACCAACCAGUUUUGUUUUUGAAUGUAAUACAGUCAUCAAAACUAAAUGUACUUUUAGUAUUGAUGUCAUUCCUGACAAGUGUGGUCAACAAAAACAAGUGCUUUCAUCACAUGAUUUCUGUUUUUGGCAGAAGUGCAGUAUAGAAGUGUUUAUCGAAGGCUUGUUAAAACCAUCCUUUGAAGCAGGAGAGUUGGGCCGUCUUACCAACCAGAUGUUACUCAUUGACCCGUCACUGGAGAGAUGGAACCCGUUUCUUACUGCGUCAUGUAGAUAUUUUGUGAAGCAUAAGUUACAUCAUGUCCUGUAUGAAUUUCAGCUGUUUAUGAAACCUAUGGAAUUGAGAAACUGUUACGAACACUAUGGAGCUGAGGGAUGCUGCCAGAUGCAAGGUGGUUGUGGAUCGGAGUGGUCACAAACACUAUGGCUUGUCAAGAGUCCUGAAGAAGUGUCCAGAUAUAUCAAAACAAUCGCUCUUCAAAUAGAGAUAACAAAAUUCUUUCAAGCCUGUCUCACUAGUUCAGCAGGGGAGUCUGCAUCAGCAGCUAUGUCAUCAGUUGGAUCUUCCAAGGUGCCUACCCUAUUUGGAAGUCAGCAGGUCCGCAAUGAUCUGGCUAUAAUGAUUCUGAUGUGUGGAGACAAUAUUGAAACUUCAUUUACUUAUGCUGUUAGAAUAAUCAAGGAGUACAAACUUGGAGCAGUUGGUAUAUAUACACAUGUUGCUAGGGAGAUGGCUAAAGGUCAUCAGUAUGACAACAUGAGGUCAUUACUAAAAUGUGUAGAGAAGACAGAGCUGGCAACAGAUGAUGUAAUGGAUGAGAUAUUGGGAGCCUGCCUCCUUGUUGUUGCUGACAGUCCAAGUGAGGCCAAAGAAGCUGAAAACAUCAUCAAAAUGCUGAGAAAAGAUGCUAACAAGAUAAAUGCAUAUAUACUUUGUGGGAAGCUAAGGUCGGCAUACCUCAUUGCAGUUAAGGAGAACAGAGUUGAUGAUGUACGCAGAAUUUUACGUGCUGCCAAAAGUAUCGGGCAGACAGCAGUCAUUAAUAUUUGCAAUAAAUGGCUAGAACAAAGUCAAAAAUAGAAAUACAGACAUUUGAAUAAAGACUCAGCUAAGAUCAAUAUAUAACUGUAACACAACAUCUUAUGACGUAACAUGAAAAUAUAUAUAGUGCUUUCAAAUGACCUUAUUUCAGUUUGCUUGAAAAUUGGAUUUCACAUCGACUUAUACAGGAAUUCAUUAAAAAUCUUCUUGUAUAAAAAACAAUAACGUUCUGAACUUAGAUAAUUGGCCUGUAGCUUUUUGUAGUGGUUCUUUACCAGUACAUCCAAAUAAUGCCACUGAAGUCAAAAUUGGGUAAGAGAAAUCUUACAUAAACAUAGUGCUUUUGCGACCAGCAUGGAUCCAGACCAGCCUGCACAUCUGCGCAAUCUGGUCAGGAUCCAUGCUGUUCGCUUUCAAAGCCUAUUUCAAUUAGAGAAACCAUUAGCAAACAGCAUGGAUCCUGACCAGACUGCGCGGAUGUGCAGGCUGGUCUGGAUCCAUGCUGGUCGCAAAAGCACUAUGUUGGUUUUCUCAUGGUUCGUCUCAUAUGCUGCAUACUGUUACAGUCUGAAAUGUUAAAAAAUCAUGAAUGUUUGCCUUUAACACAUUGUAUGUUAAAACCACUGAUUAGACUACCUGGUAUAGACAGCAUGUACCCAUUUAAGUCAGGUGAGCAACCAAGGGCAAUCACGACCCUCUUGUUUAUUUUAAGUUGUUAUGGAAAGCUACAUGAUAUGACAAGGAAAGAAAUUAAAUGAAAAACAAUACUCUUUUUCAAGGAUGACACUCUAAAUAAAGUUACUAAAGGAAUAUUUAGACGUUUCCUCAUUAUUUUGUUAGUUAGUUGCCAUGGAUUCCCUAAAUAUAUUGUGUAGAAGGUUUAUUGUUUAAAUCAUUUUUUCGAUAAGUAUCAUAAUACAUUGCUCAAACAAAACUACCUGGAAGUAAGCAAAUUGUAUAAGUUUCAUUUUCUUUAUGUUUUGUUAAACACUGCAGAUCUCCAUAUUUUCUGAUUUUUAUGCCCCCAGCAUCUACUGAUGUGGGAGGCAUAUAUAGUGAUUGUCCUGUCCGUCCAUCUGUUCGUCCAUCCGUACGAGGUUAACCAAAUGGACCGUUUUGUCUAGCAUCAAUACCCUUUACUAGAAUGACUUGAUACUAAUGCAGAUGUAACCUGAGACCAUUCCUCAUCUUCGGACAACACCUGACCUCAGUUUGACCUUGACCUCAUUUUGGACUUAGAUUGCUUUAUAUGGGCCAUCUUGGUUAACCAAAUGUGACCGUUUCGUCUAGCAUCAAUACCGCUUACAAGAAUGAAUUGAUACUAAUACAGAUGUAACCUGUGACCAUUCCUCAUUUUCAAACAUCGCCUGACCUCAGUUUGACGUUGACCUUGACCUCAUUUUGGACUUAGGUUGCUUUAUAUGGGCCAUCUCUUGGUUAACCAAAUGGGACCAUUUCGUCUAGCAUCAGUACCGCUUACAAGAAUGAAUUCAUUUCUAAUACAGAUGUAACCUGUGAGUAUUCCUCAUCUUCAAACAUCACCUGACUUCAGUUUGACCUUGACCUCGUUUUGGACUUUGGUUGCUUUGUGUCAACCACCGGGGGCAUCAAGCGUUUAUUGAACGCAGCUCCUUGUUGUUUUUUUUUGUUUUUAGCUAGAGUACUUUAAUUGUAAAUGAGUGUUUAUUUAUGUUUUUAGCCUAGAAUCUGGACUUGGAACUUUUUCCUAUACCCAUAAUUCUGUUUUUACUAAAACCUGGUAAAACUGUGAAUCUUGCCCCUAUUAAUAUUUCUGCUAAAUUUUGUAGAGAUGUGCAAGUGAAUGACUUGAAACCUUAACAUUCUCAAAAUUAGGCUUCUGAUGUUAAUGAAUUAUGUCUCUCCCAUAGAAUGGGGGAGACAUAUUGGUUUUGCCUUUGCCGUCUGUCUGUCUGCAUUAAGCUUGUCUGGCUUUAACAGGUAAAACUGCUCGACGGAUUUUGACAAAACUUCACAGGAGUGAUCAGUACCAACCCUAGUUGUGCAUAUUGCUGGCACGUUCCAAUUUGCUGCACAAAAUGGCUGCCAGAGCUAAAAAUAGAAAAAUCUUGUCUGGCUUUUACAGGUCAAACUGCUGGCAGGAUUUCAACGAAACUUCACAGGAGUGAUCAGUACCAAACCUUUAUUGUGCAUAUCGCUGGCAUGUUCUGCUUUGCUGCACAAAAUGGCCAGCAGAGCUUAAAUUAGAAAAAUCUUGUCUGGCUUUCACAGGUCAAACAGCUGGCUUGAUUUCAAUGGACUUUCAGAGGAGUGAUCAGUACCAACCCUAGUUAUGCAUAUCGCUGGCAUGUUCCACUUCGCUGCACAAAAUGGCCACUAGAGCUAAAAAUAGAAAAAUCUUGUCCAGCUUUCACAGGUCAAACUGCUAGCUGGAUUUCAACAGAACUCCACAGGAGUGGUCAGUACCAACCCUAAUUGUGUAUAUCGAUGGCAUGUUCCGCUUCACUGCACAAAAUGGCAGCCAGAGCUAAAAAAUAGAAAAAUCUUGUCCGGCUUUCACAGGUCAAACUGCUGGCUGGAUUUCAUCGAAACUUCAUAGAUGUGAUCAGUACCAACCCUAGUUGUGCAUAUCGCUGACACAUUCUGCUUAGCUGCACAAAAUGGCUCCAGAGCUAAAAAUAGAAAAAUCUUGUCCGGCUUUCACAGGUCAAACUAUUAGCCUUCUAAAUUUCAAGAAUGGACUGGUCCAUCAUUCUAUUUGGGCAAUACCAUUUAUUAUUCGAAGGGGUGCUCAAUGAAAAUUUACUGACUUAACAGUGAACAGUGCAGACAUUUACCAGCCUGCAUGGAUGGAUGUGCAGGCUGAUCUUGUUAUGCACUGGUCGCAAAGGCAGAAUCACUUGCAGCCAGCAGGUUAAAGGUUAACCCUUAUCAUGUUCAACAUGAUUGAUUCUGCCUUUGCGACCAGUGUAGAUCUUGAUCAGCCUGCACAUCCGUUCAGUCUGAUCAUUAUCUGCAUUGUUUGCCAUUUGGUCAAUAUCUUUUUGGUAAGCACCCCUUUUAACAGUUAAUGGUACUGUCCAAAUUGAAAGAUGGACAAGUUCAUUAUAGAAAUCUAGCAGGUAUGGGGUAAAAUAUAAAGGAGCUAUGGAGAUCAAUAAAUCCAUAUCAUUUGUUUCAAAUUUUGUUUGUGAUUAUAUGAAUUGUAUGUAAAAUAUGAGAGUCAAUGUGCCCAUCUGUGAUCAUUAUUUUAACAAAAUUAUAGGUUUAGUAUAAUAUGCGCUGACAGAUGUCUAAUUGUUCUAUGAUAAUUACAUAUAUUCUCACAUUGUAAAUAAACUGUGGCAUUAUUAUUAGUGAGGGACUGAUUAUCAUGGAAUUUGUAAAUUUACCCGAUAUUGUAAGUAUUAUAUGAGCACUUUUUGCAUAUGGUGAGAUUUUAGGCUCAUUGAAUGUCCAUCAUUUGUCUGCCUGCCAUCCAUAUUUUUAAAAAAGCAUUUCCUCCUAAACCACCUUGCCUAUUCAAUCAAACUUAAUAAGACUGUUUCUUGGGUGAUCUACUUUCAGAUUCCUCCUAAGCAAGGUCAUUCAUGCAGAAUUCUUGUUGCCAUGGCAAUUAAAGGAAAAACUUUCAAAAUUAUUUUCUAAGAAACUGCAUGCUGGAUUUAGAAAUAAUUUCACAGGAAUGUUUCUUGGAUGACACUCUACCAAAUUCCUUAAAAUCUUCUUGAUUUGUUAAAAAUAUGGCCACCAGGGAUUGGGGCUCUUCCCAGUAUGACUGCAUGGAAAAUUUUGAAAAUCUUCUCUGAAACUAUGAGCAUAGUUUCACAGCAGUGUUCCUUAAGUAACCAUUUUCCAAAAUGUCUCCCCCAUGAAAAACAUACCUGCCAUAGGCAGAACUAGUUUUCCUUAUAUGGAUUUAUAGAAAACUUUGAAAAUCAUCUUCUUUGAAACUGCUAGCCAAAUUUCAAAAUAAUUUCACAGAUAUUUUUCUUGCAUGACCCUUUACCAAAACUUAGGUGAGCAAUCUAGGGUUGUCACGUCCCUCUUGUUUAAAAAUGAUACAUUUUAGAAGAAUUUGGUUCAGUCAGUAAUGACUGACCUGAACACACUGCCUUGUGUUUCUGGUAUUAUGCAUUGUUGGUAUAAGCUUAAAUAUGUAAUACAUGUAUGUAUAUUAUUUUAAUUUUUAGAAAACUUCUUUUGUCAGAAUACUUUUUGAGCUGGGGAAUUACUUAUUUUAAUGGGGUCAGUGUAUGUAGGAAACAAAAACCUUUGCAGCAACAGUAAUAUUGCUGUUGUCAGAAUAGAGGAAGACUUUUUUAUCCUAAAUUCAGAGACCAUUUUUAGGUUUGACUUUUUUUUCACUUUGGGAGCCUUAUUGGAAUCAUGGACCUUAAAUAAAUGCAACAUAGAUCUAUGUCCUCACUAUAUAAAUGUGUGAUAAAACAAAAGUGUGAUUUGUUCUGGGUAAUGGUAAUUAAAUUAAGGAUUGAAUAUUAUUUAUAAAUUAUUUAUUUAUACCGCUAAAUGUUUUUUUUAUAAAUGCUUGUAGAAUUAUUUUUUAUGUAAUGCUUAUCCAUUUUGUUCAGCUAUGUGAGAUGUUUAUGUGUUUAUGCUUUUUCAAAGGAUAAUAGUGCUGUAUUUUUAUGCCAUGGUUAUUGUUUACACAGUGUGUAAGAAUUAUGAUUUUGAAUUAGGAGAAAUGUGUUGCAAUAAAUUCAAGUUUAUAUUUUUAUAUAUUAUACCUCAUUUGCAUAUUUUCAUGUUUUCUGAUCUAUAAAAAAUAUUUUUGCAUGACACCAUUCUGAUAUAAUUGCACUGUAUUGUUAAAUCUAAUAAAUCUUAUUUGAA